AUGAUAUAUGCCACAGCAGAGAAAGGCAUUUGUUGGAAUAGCGAACAGAAAAGUUUGAUGGUACGGAGGUGCAAUCACUUGGAUCAGAAAUGGUAUCCAGCCAAUGUCACGUGUACGACAUCAGCAAAUAGAAAUAGGUUUUGUCCAGAAGAUCUAAUAGAAUUAAGAAUUUCGCCUACAACAAACAAAUUUAUUUGUCUCAAAAUAUCUGAGCAACCCGACGUAUUUGAAGAGAGGUUCUGCUAUGGCGCAAGUGCAAUACCAACAAUUGCCAACGAACUCGAACCGGAAGAACAAAAAUCUUUGAUUAAAUAUUUAAACGAGAAAAACGUAAAAACAUUCUGGUUGCCGAUGAAGAAGGCAUUCGAGAAUAAAUACAACCCAUACGUUGUUAAAUUGCCUGGUCGACAUUAUGGCACAGUCUACGAUUUACCAUUAACUUUAACCGAACUGCAAGCUGAUAAACAUUGUCUAUCGGCAACUGUAGCCGAAGAUGGUACACUGCAAAGCGCGGUGACUAACUGUAGUGACACGCUGCACUCUGUGUGUAUAUUUAAGAGAUAUUUUGUAACAUAUUCGGGCUGUCCGCAGCACUUCAAGGCGCUCAGUUACAGGCCCGCAGAAUGCAUUGGUAUUGACUGGGUAAGUGGUGACUUCCCAAACAUUUUGGAGAAAUUGACAAUGCAAGAAUACAUACAUAAUAGAAAUAGUAUACAAUAUAUAUUAGAAACGGAUGAACUAAAUGAAGAAGAUGAUAGAUAUUUCACAUUUCGAGAUGAUAAUACGGCGAGGGAAUAUGUCAUCAUAAUGAAUUUAAAGGAGGAAGUUAGACUUGUGAAGCCUCACAGUAUUAGAAACAAUAAAAAAAUUGCAGCACUAAGUAAAGAAGUUCUUAGAAAUAAGAAAAACGUAGAAAUGACUUUAAAAAUGGAUGGCGAGUUGGAUAAACUCAUUUUGACUGUAUACAAUCGAAAUUAUGUUUGGCGACUGACUGAUAAAGAUAAAGAUAAUUAUGGAAUUAAGUGUUUUACAAAUGCCGACAAUGAAAUUGUGAAAACUGUGAAAAUAAAACUGCUCUGGCAGAAUGAGUGUGAAACGAAAAGUAUGUUUGAAGUUAAGUUAGAUGGAGAUGGUCCAGGCUAUUAUUGGUGUGAGGCACAUACGAUUUUCGAUUUUGCAUUGGUCUCGACGCCAAGGGUUGUCGCGACAGAUGAACGUAGAGGACAUACUUUUGCAAUGGACUACAUUAUAGAAGCUGGAGAUAGAGAACUACAAGACUUGCACAAUGAUCAAAAUAGAAAUCGCAAUAGCAGAAACUUUACUGAUAAUAGAAACAAUAUCACCGGCACUAUAAAGUGUUUAUGUCACGUCACCGUGUCCAAAAAGUCAUCGGGAGUUGAUAAAAGCUACGAGGUCAGCAGUGAAGAGGACGAUAGCAAGGAAAAGGGUGGCAUACGCCAUGAUACGUUAAUACGCAUGGAGCUAUAUGAAUUAUUACGUACACUAGUGGAACACAGAGGUGUGAAAAUUGCAGGCACUGUAAAAAGUACUGAGUAUUGCUUUCCGGAAACAUUUCGUAUGAACAAUUCCGCAGAAAACCAAUGGCUUCUUGCGCAACUGGAUCAAACUGUUACCACACAACAGCUGUGUCUACAACAAAAUGGUUUGCCGGUCACACGAAAAUGCCAAGGUAAUUUCUUGUAUGGCGCCACGUGGGAAGAUGCUGCUCAGAAAAACUUAUUAUGUAUCGACCAGAAAGAUACCAUAACACAAAAUCUUUAUCAAUUAGUUGCGAAGAAAGUACCCAAGAAGACGCCCGUGAAGGCAGUAGAGAACGUGAAGACAUUACUCGAACGAAAUAUAGACAAUCUUAUACCAGCCGAUUUUUAUUACAUGGCGAAAAUUAUGCAAGGCACAGUUAAAAGUAUAUUUAGCAACAAUACUACAUCUAAUGUAACUCACGGUGUCAAACAUAUAAACAAAACUACUAGCGACAUAGUGCAAAUCUAUAAUUACCUUAUGGAAGUCAAAGAGAGCGUCAUAAAACCGUCAAUAGUUUUGAAUUCGACAAAUAUAUUACUAGACUCUUUUGAACAUUUGUUAGAUCACCUGUCUUUGGCUGAAGAUAAUAACGGUCUCGAUUUAUACAAUCUUACAGAUGCAUCUACCUUAGGAAAUCAGGAUAUAUCUCCAACUGUUAUGAAUAAAUUUGAAGAAAUGUUUCAGAAUAGACUUAUAGAGGACAAUGAUAAAUUUGUUGAAACCAUUGAAUAUGAAGAUGUGGGUGUUGUGGUCAAAAUGGCUACUAACUUUGUGUUUUUUGUUAUUGAUCCUAAGAUCGCAAAUGUAACAGGAAUAGCAUUAUUUAACAUUUUGGAAGACAACGUUGAAGUUGACUAUGAUGUAUUGGAGUUUAGAAUGCGUGGUGCCUUUAGAAAUGAGUAUUAUAAUUUUAUAUUGGCAGAUCAGAAUGUUGAUGAAUUACUUUAUGCUCCAGAUCUGCAAAUGGCCACAUACGUACCAGAGUUACUGUUGACGCGUUUGGAUGAAAUUUCAACAUUUUCCAAUAAUACUACAACAAGACGACCAGAGCCGCGAAUUGUCAUUAAGCUUUAUGCAAACUCUAUAUUAUUUCAGGAAGACGAAGAAACAGUUAAGAGUGAUAACAGAAAAGUGUUUGGUAAAAUAAUUUCCAUUUCGAUACCAGGACACGACAAAGAUUUACCUGCUAUGCUACCUUUAUACUUAAAAGUGGAUACAAAUUUAAAUGAAAGCAGCGCGGAACGUUAUUGUAAUUAUUGGAAUUACAAAACAUGGGCAAAUGAUGGCAUCUCAUUUUUGGGCCAUUCUAAACUGAACAAUAAUAUAAUCCUAUGUGCAACUACACAUUUGACCCCAUUUGCUUACUUAAUAGGCGGUGGCUAUCAUUUCGCUGAUGAGUCGAAGGUUGUUAUUGAAAAUACCCCACAUGAGGAAGCACUGGACAUAAUCAGCAUACUUGGCUGUUCGUUGUCAUUAUUUGGAAUUUUGGGUAUAGCAAUCACAGCUGGCACGUUUCAAUCAUGGCGACAAAAGGCCUCAUCCAAAGUGCUAUUGCAAUUGUGCGCUGCAAUUGCUUUGCAAAUGAUACUUUUCUGUUUCAUCAACACAGAGGAGAAAACGAGCCAAUUAUUGGAGAAUCAAAUUUUUUCCAGUUGCAUUGCCAUCGGCGCAUUUUUACAUUAUUCUGUGUUGGUGCAAUUUUGUUGGAUGGUCAUAAUUGCUUAUUUGCAAUUUAAACGUUACGUGCAAGUUUUUGGAAAUACGAGACCAAAGCGAUUUUUUAUUAAAUCAGCCAUACUGGCUUGGGGUGUGCCAUUAAUACCAGUGUUAAUUGUUUUGCUGGUGGAUCGUAGUACAGUGUGGAGUGGUGAAGAGGAUGUAAAUGGACCUGAAAUUCUUGAGAUUGAAAAUAAUAAUGCUGCAGAAACUUGGUUACUGAUUUUUUUAGCAUAA